CUAGCAGUGCUGCCAAGGGAUCGAGACUGCGUGGAAGGCCGUACCCUUUCUUGCCUCAGUUUCCCCAGCAGUACCUCGGGGAGGACGGCAGACGAGGCAACUGGCCAAACGCGCAACUGCCAAGGCUCUCCCCGCGCCUGCCCAAGUCUGAUCGAAGUUCCUUUACGCGAGCUAUCCUCCCAGCCCUUUAAAAUCCGGUCCUCCAGUUCGAGCCUCUCGGUGUUCUAUUGGAAAGACUCCAGGGUCCUGGUCCAUUCUCUAGAAUGAAUUGCUUAGACUAACGCGGGAGCCUUUCAGGAACUGCUAACUGCGCAGACGCAAUGGAAGGCGGAAGAACCGGGCCCCAACUCGUUGGUGCAGGAUGGAGAAACUGCGGCUUCUGAGCCUCCGCUACCAGGAGUACGUGACUCGCCACCCGGCCGCCACGGCCCAGCUGGAGACGGCAGUGCGGGGCCUCAGUUACCUGCUGGCAGGUCGCUUCGCGGAUUCGCAUGAGCUGUCAGAGCUGGUGUAUUCCGCCUCUAACCUGCUUGUGCUGCUCAAUGACGGCAUCCUACGGAAGGAGCUUCGGAAAAAGUUGCCUGUGUCACUGACCCAGCAGAAGCUGCUGACAUGGCUGAGCGUGCUCGAGUGCGUGGAGGUGUUCAUGGAGAUGGGGGCCGCCAAGGUGUGGGGUGAAGUGGGCCGUUGGCUCGUCAUCGCCCUCAUCCAGCUGGCCAAGGCUGUCCUGAGGAUGUUCCUGCUGAUCUGGUUCAAGACCGGCCUCCAGACCUCACCCCCCAUCAUCCCGCUGGACAGGGAGACCCAGGCACAUUCCCUGGAUUGUGACCAGAGCCCUGGCAGCCAGGAGCAGUCAUACGUGGGGAAGCGCUCAAACCGAGUGGUUCGAACCCUCCAGAACACUCCGUCCCUGCACUCAAGGCACUGGGGAGCCCCCCAGCAGCGGGAGGGACGACAGCAGCGGCAGCACGAGGAGCUGAGCGUCCCCCCCACGCCCCUGGGGCUGCAAGAGACCAUCGCAGAGUCCUUGUAUAUCGCCCGGCCCCUGCUGCACCUCAGUGCUCAGCCUGGGCCUGUGGGGUCAGCGGUCGUGGACACCCUGGCUCCUGUCUGGUGUCGUGGAUGUGACCAGCCUGAGCCUCCUGAGCGACAGGAAGGGCCUGACCCGGAGGGAGCGGCUGGAGCUGCGGCGCCGGACCAUCCUGCUGCUCUACUACCUGCUGCGUUCUCCGUUUUACGACCGCUUCUCCGAGGCCAGGAUCCUCUUCCUGCUCCAGCUGCUCACAGACCACGUCCCGGGCAUCGGCCUGGUCGCGAGGCCGCUCAUGGACUACUUGCCCGCCUGGCAGAAAAUUUAUUUCUACAGUUGGGGCUGACGUACCCUGGGAACGGGCACAGGGAGGGAAGGGGUGGCGCACCCUGCUGCUGGGGGCAGGGGGUGCCUCAGUUGUCCGGUCCUCUGGGGACCUCUGCUGUAAUAAAACUGACUCUGGCAGUGUCUGAGCAUGUGGCCUCUUCAUGCCAUUGCUCGGGGUUCCUGGCACUCUCGUGUGGCCAGGCUCUGUCCACAACCCGGCCUCCAGAGCGCCUCCUUACAGCCUCUCGACCCUUCCCCCUUCAGUGAUGGAGCCGC